AUGCAUCGGGCUUUGCAACUCGGAGUCUAUUCAGGCUUCAGGCGCUUGCCCUCCUCAAGGUGGAGUCUGCGGUUCGGCGGUCGGCGUGAGCUGCAACAGCUGGUGUUCCCAGCUGCGGACUUCAGACACAUUCUCGACGAUGCGGGAAAAGUGUGUGAUCUGUACGCCGGGCAUCCGCUCUCUGGCCUGAGCCCGCACAAGCGCGGGCUGCUGCUGCAGAACCUCUGCAAGACUGUCCUGGCUUCUGCGCAUCCGCACUUACAGCUGGAGGAGCCUGUAUCAGGCCGAUGCGUAAAUGGCCAACGCAGAACAGCACAACAGGCACUGUGGGAUUGGACACUCGGGGGCAGGAAAGCUGAAUGCAAAAGCUGCAGAUUAGGUUGGAUGGCUAGCAAUCACGUCUGGGCGAUUAACGUCAGUGCGGUGAAGCUUCCAUUGCCUGGUGUUCGGACAUUGGUGCCAUUUGACGACUUGUACCUUGUUGUGGACACGCCGGAUGUCAUACACAUUCUGAAGCAUGACCUGCGGACCGGAGUCUCUACAGCCGGCUCCGAAACGGCUGUACGUGGACAAAAGAUUUGUGUAAGCGGGGGAAGAGGUGCAGCUCACUGGCGAGAUGCCCGCACAGCCAUUUUGCGGAAGUUGUGUGCGGGAAGGGGGCAGUGUGAGAUGAUAGCGGAAAUCCCUGUGUCGGAUAUCCCUGAGUCGGAUCAGUCUUUGCAAGCUGCCCUGUCCCAGGAAGAGAAAGACAAGAUGUACCAAGGCAUCCCGCUCAGCCGGAUGACCCCCUCCCUGCGAGCACUGCGGAUCGAACAAAUAGGCUGUGAAAUUGAUCGGAAGCUUAACCCGAGGUGCUCUAUCUUCCGGCAAGCUGGAGGUGACCCCCAAGUUGACUGGCUUAGGGAUGACGUGCGGGUGGAGCUGAAACACACUAAAGCAGUGCAGAUGAAGUCAGGGUCAUGGCGAGUCUGCUUCAGCAAAAUCAAAUGCGCUGUGGACGGACUUCGCGAAACGAAGGCCUUCGACGAGCUGUGGCUUGCGGUUUACAGCCCACUCGGGAUCGAUUUCUUCAAGAGCAACGGGGAUCUUCCCUACACAAGUGUUGGGGUGCGUGAGGCUUUUGGCAACGACCUCGAUAUUCGCAGCCAUGCCCAUGAGACGGAGCUUCGUGCAGCAUUGUGUUCUAUCCGGUGGCAGCUGGAACGGAUGGGAUGCUGCUUGACAGCAUCUGUUCGCUGGUAG